ACCGUUUUAUGGAGGGCUAAUCGUCGGAAGAUCGGGGAUUUCUAUUAGCUUUUACCCGCUUUAGCCCCGCCUCCAACGGGGGGUCCACAGCUGAUCGGUCGAAACUAAUUGAUGGCUAAACCCGUUCGGAUCACACAGUUGAUUACCGAUCAUCACCUGAAGAUGUCUACGCCACUACUGAUCUCCCUGCUGAUCGUUUCGCUGGCAUUUGUUUUUGGCCAGCAUCCGGAUAUAGUCAGGUCUUGCACGAAAUACAAAAAGAGCGUUUUCGAGGAGGAAGUCCGUUUUGCACUCCUUUUCCCAGGGGCUCCCAUUGAGAGUCGGAUCAUUGAUAAUUGCAGGAGUGACAGGACCCUGAUUGUGGGCGGCCAUCCGGCUCAACCACGGGAAUUUCCGCACAUGGCACGUUUGGGACGUCGUCAGAAUCUGGGAAAAACCGACUGGUUUUGUGGUGGUGCGCUGAUCAGCGAGCGGUUCAUCUUAACCGCAGCUCACUGCCUGGAAUCGGAACAAGGAGAAGUAAAUGUCGUGCGAUUGGGCGAACUGGAUUUUGAUACGGUCGAAGAGGAUGCGGCUCCCAAGGAUUAUGAAGUUUCUGGAUAUAUAACCCACCCGGGCUACGACGAUCCACAGCUUUACGAUGAUAUAGGACUAAUAAAACUAACCGAGGAUGUAAUAUUUGAUCUGUAUAAGCAUCCCGCGUGUCUUCCUUUUCAGCAUGAACCCUUAUCCGACUCCUUUAUAGCAGUAGGCUGGGGAAGCACAGGACUCACGCUGAGGCCCUCGUCUACGCUGCUCAAGGUAAAACUGGAUCGGUAUGGAGGUGGGGUGUGCCAAAAACUGGUUGCCCGGCUACUUGAGGAAUUCCCCCGAGGAUACGAUGCGGACAACCAACUAUGUGUGGGUUCCGAGAUGGCCCGGGACACUUGCAACGGCGACUCGGGUGGGCCUCUGUUGACGUACCAUCAGAAAUUCCCUUGCAUGUACCACGUCGUUGGAUUAACAUCGGCUGGUCUGUCCUGCGGGUCCCCGGGAAUCCCCGGAAUAUACACUCGCGUGUUUCCUUAUCUGGACUGGAUAACCGAAACAAUGCUUAAUUUUUAAAAAUCAAUUAAUAAAUGGUGAUAAAUA